GGCACACCCUCGUGUUUGUAAGUAUUAUCAAUUUGGAACCAUAACAACUGCUGCUAGUAUUGAAGCAUUAGGCUUGCGUAUAAGUCUCUGUCGUGUCUUUCGCUGGAAUCUCAAAUGACUAGUCAACCACUAUAUCUCGUAAAACCAUCAUUUCAAGGUUCAGUUGUUGGGUGACCGAGUUCCAUGAUCAACAAUGUCGGUAUCGCGAGCAAUCGUUCAAGUAUUCAGAGCGCCUGAACAAGCCGAGGGCGCAGGGGCCCGAGUGCGCCGCGCCAUCGGAAGUGUCCACAAGCGCAACUUCUCACCGUUCCUUAUGUUCGACCACAUGAGCGGCAGCACCGGCGCUAGCUUCCCCGAUCAUCCUCACCGGGGAAAAGAGACCAUAUCUUACAUCCUCAAAGGCUCGGUAGAGCACGAAGACUUUGCGGGCAAUAAGGGCAUUUUGCGAGCCGGCGAUCUACAGUUCAUGACAGCGGGAAGAGGAAUCAUGCACUCCGAACAGCCAUUGCCGGAAGACGACGGGACCCCAGGGGCCGGAUUCCAACUCUGGGUUGACCUUCCGAAGCAUCUCAAGAUGUGCGAGCCCAGGUAUCGAGACUUGCGCGCAAGAGAAAUCCCACAAGUUCAACUCGACAACGGCAAGGUCUAUGUCAAAGUCAUAUCGGGCAGAUCCGGCGGGUUUGACUCGGUCAAGGACUUGGCGUAUACGCCCGUCUGGUUUCUCGACGUGGAGAUCAAGCCGGGAGGUAAAUUCACCCAGCUCUUGCCUCAAGAUUGGAAUGCUUUUGCUUAUGUAUUUGAGGGAGAGGCGGUUUUUGGUUCGAGGAGUAAAGAUCAGAGCAACGGAAAGAAGUUUGACGCAGUCAUUUUUGAAAAAGAAGGCGAUGUAGUCGACGCCGAGGUUCCCGAUACAGCACCUGGAAGUGCGCGGCUCCUCUUAAUUGCCGGACAGAUUUUGGACCAGCCAAUCGCCCAACAUGGGCCAUUUGUCAUGACCAGUCGGAAGGAGUUACAACAAGCGGCGGAAGACUUUGACACGUACAAGAACGGAUUUGAAAGAGCCAAGGAUUGGCGGAGUGAAAGUUCAAAAAGGAAGGAUAUGUAUUGAGGUAUAUGCGAAAACCUAUUUCGUAGCGUGUCGUGAAGCUGGAAUAGCUUCGUGUGGCUAGUGCCAGCAGCGCCGCCACAGGAUGUGGCGUAC